AUGUCGCUCUCUUCCUUAAAAGUUGCCUGUGGGCAGUUCUGUUCAUCUUCUUCCUUGACUGCAAAUGCCAGAAUUGUCGUCAAGCUAAUCCACAAGGCCAUUGAUCAGAAAGUGCAAGUUUUAUUCUUGCCAGAAGCUGCCGAUUACAUUUCUAGAGAUCCAAAGCAUUCUAUGAAAUUGGCCAAUUUCACUCAUAGGGACUUUAUAUCAGUUAUUCAGCAGGAAUUGAAAACUUUACACUCCAAAGAUCCGGAAAACAAUUUAUACGUAUCGGUUGGUGUGCAUGAACCUUCAGAUACCGAAUCAGAAACUGUAAAUGAGCUUAAAAAAGUUCAAAACAACCAAAUUUGGAUCAAUGCGAAGGGUGAAAUCGUCCAUAGGUAUCAGAAGCUUCAUCUCUUUGAUAUCAACAUCACCAACGGGCCUAUUUUGAAGGAAUCUAACUCUGUAGAACCUGGUGAUAAGAUCGUAUCCCCGUUCCCAGUGCUUGGUGAUAAUGAAGCCGCAACUGGUUUUAACAUUGGUUAUGCGAUCUGCUAUGACAUUAGAUUCCCUGAGCUUUGCUUAAGAUUGAGGAAGCUUGGAGCAAAUGUAAUCACAUAUCCAUCAGCCUUCACCACAAAGACAGGAGAAGUACAUUGGCAAGCGCUAGGCAGAGCUAGAGCCAUCGAUAGUCAAUGCUACGUUAUCAUGGCUGCUCAAUGUGGAGAGCACAAUGUGUAUGCAGACUUAACCGAUGACGAAAAGCUGAAAUUACCUGCAGGAGACCAAAAUAAGAAGAGAAUUAGUUAUGGUAAUUCGGUAAUAUUUGACCCAUGGGGUAAAUUGGUUAGUGAAUGUAAAGUAUAUGACGAGGAUCUAAGUGGAGGCAUAGACUCAGAAGGCGAUUACUAUGAGUUAUGUACUGCAGAUUUAGAUUUGGAAUAUGUUGAGCAGAUUCGUAAAAAUAUGCCUUUGAUGGAACAUAGGCGCCCGGAAGUUUUUGGCUAUGAAGUAUAG